CACGCCUCCACGGCAUUCGACAUUCGACCGCCCACCCUUGGAAUGUCUGCCCCAUCCGUCCACGCCGAGCCACCACCAGAGGUGGUGCACGAUCCCGAAGGCCUGCAAUAUGAAACUGGGCCACAGCUCGGGAAAGGCGGGUUCGCCAUCUGCCACCGCGCAAAGCUGCUGGGCCACGAUCACCUGGGCAGCAGUACAGUCGCUUUGAAGAUUGUUAGAUCAAAAAUGGAGCCGCCCAAACUGGCACAAAAGUUUGUGACUGAGCUGCAAAUCCACUCGAAGCUGGCCCAUCCGAACAUCGUCGAGUUCUACCGUGCCUUCUCGUUUUACUCGAGCACCUAUGUCGUCCUGGAGCUAUGCGAGAACGGCUCCCUUGCCGACGCCAUCAAGAAGCGCAAGUAUUUCACCAUGCCCGAGAUUCGCAGAUUUAUGGUCCAGACAUGCGGGGCCAUCAAAUACCUGCAUCAGCGCAACAUCGUGCACCGCGACCUCAAGACCGGUAACCUCUUCCUUGACAAGGAUAUGAACGUCAAGGUCGGCGACUUCGGUCUUGCUGCCUUACUCCUCUCCCAGAACGAUUACGGCGCGAUCCGGCGAACGACCAUGUGCGGUACGCCGAACUACCUUGCCCCCGAGGUUCUCGAAAAGACCGGCAAAGGCCACGAUGAGAAGGUCGACCUGUGGGCGAUUGGCAUCAUGAUGUACACGCUUGCUGUUGGUCGAGCGCCUUUCCACGCAGCGAAGCGCGAAGACAUUUAUCGCAAAUUGAAGGCGCGAGAAUACUCCUGGCCGGACCCAACAAAGUGCGCAAACGAAAUCACAAAUGACUUGCGCGAUAUCGUAUCACUACUGCUUGUACACGAGGACGAUCGACCCACACCGGACCAAAUCGUAGCACACCCGUUCUUCAAACUGGGAAUGAUUCCUUUGGAGCUAGACAGCGGAUGCACUUCGAAGAUUCCGAGAUGGCCUAAGGAGCGCGCACCUUCGGCUUCAAUCAUAAGGCGAGGCUACACUGAGGAAUGGUGGACGCUGUGCAAGGCCUCAGCCGUUGGCGAGUACGAGUCGGGGAAAGCAUUCGGCGCAUACGGAAGCAGAAGGAACAAGACAGUCGCUCGUGAUUGCCAGAAAGAAAUUGAGGCUGGCAAGCAACCCAACAUACCUUUCAGCAAGGAUGUUGUAUACGUGCCUUUUCCUGCACGGGUGCAAUGGCCUCAUCAAGCUGCGCCUGGAGGGUUGAGCGAGAUCUCAGAAGAGAAAGAGUCCUCACAAGAAGGUCAGGCGUUGAUAGAGACAUCUGGGAACGACCGUUUCAACGGACGUCUGCCUCGCGUUCGAAAAGCGAUGCGACCACCGGCGUUGAAAGAGAAUGAGCCAGUGACGGCAAAGGAGCAGAUGGCAUCGACGGAGCCAGAGCCAGCUAAAAGGAUAUUAGACAAGCAACCCACAAGGUUACGUGCGGUUCGCAAGGUCUCGAGCUCUGCACCUUCAAGUGAAGCCACGGCGCCUGCGCCAGCACCAUUGCACGUACCAAGAGAGACAAGACCAACGACACGAGCCCGUGCUGCAAGGGAAGGGACGAAAAAAAUGUUGCAAGAGACGGAGACCGGACUCCCUGAUCUCCCGCCACUGCGCCCGAUCAGGACAACCGUGAAAGUGACGGAGAACCCAGAACCUGCGCCCCAGUUCGGGAUAUCGACACGAAGCACAAAACUUUCAACAUCUAUCCGAAGCGAGUCGAGAUUUCGCGCCGUCGGUGCCGAAAUAUCUGCUACCGAUCCAGUCACAGUUUUGGCGCGUCUAUACACAUUUCGAGACAAUCUCGCCCGAGCUCUUGAGAAGAAACCCUCAAAAUCAAGGAGAGAGCAUCCUCCCAAGUUGCCGUUUGUGACAAAAUGGGUCGACUACUCGCGUAGAUAUGGAGUUGGCUACGUCUUGGAUGAUGGUAGCAUCGGAACCCUACUCACGGGCAACGAGCAGAAUCCGGUCACGGCUGCAAUCGCUAUCGACGGAUAUAACCACUUGAAGAAGAACGGCAGGAAUCGCGAGGCCGCGAAGAGCGUUCCCCUCGACUAUUACACAACUGUCAAGAAGGACCGGGGACUCUGCCAAAUCGAGAUUCAAGAUCGCCGACGAACCGAAGAGAUUCGAACUGUAUGGCACAAAUUUGGGAAGUACAUGUGCGCGACUUUCGGUGAUGAGGAGUUGGUCGUAAAGGAAGGUCCAAAACAAUCAAACUUCGUCAAGUUCUAUCAGCGCCUUGGCAAUGUUGGUAUCUGGGGGUUUGACGAUGGUUCUUUUCAAUUCAACUUCCCAGACCACACAAAGCUUGUAUUGUCGUCGGACGGAGGAUAUGCCAGUUUCCUGUGCCUUCCAUACGAAGCAACCGCUCUACUUGAGGCGACGGGCAAUGUACCUUGGAGACACGUCAGGGCGCGUGAGACCCUAAAGGGGUCUCUUCAGCAACUAUUAUAUGGUUCGGCAGACAAGGCAGACGGUUACAAGGAAGUCACUCAAGGCAACCACCUUCGAGAGAAAAUCGAGUUCAUCUACGCGGUCGUUGAAGAAUGGGUGCGAGAAGGGGGCCUCGGUCGCCUUAUCGAACCUAAGGAGUACUCGUGGACCGGACCGCAGCUCGAGGAGACCAAGCGACUGGAUUGGGCGAGUGGUGCUGUAUCUAAGCGCGCCGGGCGCAAGAAGGAUGCUGCCGCCGCUGGCGGCGCUGCUCGUCCUGGGCAGCCGCAGUCCCAAUUCGCGACCAAGGCUGUCUUCGAGACGACCAAGAAGAAGGAGGUUGGAGUCUCAGAUCUGACGCUGAUCAGCAAGAUCUCGAACGAGGCUAUCAACGACAACCUAAAGAAGCGCUUCGAGAAUGGCGAGAUCUAUACAUACAUUGGACACGUUCUGGUAUCUGUGAACCCGUUUCGAGACUUGGGUAUCUAUACCGAACAAGUCCUGGAAAGCUACAAGGGCAAGAACAGACUGGAGGUACCGCCGCACGUCUUCGCAAUUGCCGAAUCGACAUACUACAACAUGAAUGCCUACAAAGAGAAUCAGUGUGUCAUCAUCUCUGGUGAAUCUGGAGCAGGAAAGACAGAAGCCGCGAAGCGACUCAUGCAGUACAUUGCAAAAGUCUCUGGUGGCAAGGGCUCGGGCAUUCAGGAGAUGAUGGACAUGGUGCUGGCCACAAAUCCACUGCUCGAGUCCUUUGGAAAUGCGAAGACACUGAGGAACAACAACUCAUCACGAUUCGGAAAGUAUCUUGAAAUUCACUUCAACGCACAGGGCGAGCCCGUAGGAGCAAACAUCAACAAUUACCUACUCGAGAAGUCGCGCGUGGUCGGCCAGAUCACGAAUGAGCGCAACUUCCACAUCUUUUACCAGUUCGCGAAAGCAGCCUCGCCCCAAUACAGAGAAACAUUUGGACUGCAGCAACCGCAAUCGUACCUCUAUACAAGCCGGUCGAAAUGCUACGAUGUACCAAACAUCGACGAUAAUGCCGAAUUCCAGGACACACUGAACGCCAUGAAGGUCAUUGGUCUACAGCAGGCCGAGCAGGACAACAUUUUCCGGAUGUUAUCUGCAAUCUUGUGGCUCGGAAACGUAUCGUUCAUCGAAGACGAUCAAGGCAACGCCACCAUCGCAGAUCAGUCUGUAGUCGAUUUCGUGGCGUAUCUCUUAGAGGUCGAUUCUGCGCACGUCAACAAGGCUCUCACCAUCCGAAUUAUGGAGACGAGUCGUGGUGGACGAAGAGGUUCUGUCUACGAUGUGCCUCUGAACCCGGCUCAGGCUUCAUCGGUGCGAGACGGCCUGGCCAAAGCAAUUUACUUCAACCUUUUCGAUUGGAUUGUUGAGCGCGUAAACCUGUCGCUGAAGGCGCGAAGCACCUCAGCCUACUCCAUUGGUAUCCUGGACAUUUACGGAUUCGAGAUUUUCGAGAAGAACAGUUUCGAGCAGCUGUGCAUCAACUACGUCAAUGAGAAGCUCCAACAGAUUUUUAUUCAAUUGACGUUGAAGGCUGAACAAGAAGAGUACGAGCGGGAACAGAUCAAGUGGACACCGAUCAAAUACUUUGACAAUAAGGUUGUGUGCGAGCUGAUUGAAGAAAAGCGACCACCCGGUGUUUUCGCAGCGCUCAACGAUGCUUGCGCCACAGCUCACGCCGACCCUGGAGCCGCAGAUCAGACCUUUGUGCAGCGACUCAACGCACUCUCAUCGAAUCCUAAUUUCUCGCCCCGCCAAGGACAGUUUAUCAUCAAACACUAUGCCGGAGAGGUAGCAUAUGCUGUGGAAGGCAUGACUGACAAGAACAAGGAUCAGCUUUUGAAGGACUUGCUUAAUCUGUUGGGACAAAGUGCCAACCCAUUUGUUCAUACACUCUUCCCGAACCAAGUCGAUCAGGACAACAGACGACGACCACCCACGGCUGGAGAUAAGAUCAAAGUAUCAGCGAAUGAUCUCGUGACAACACUCAUGCAAGCCCGACCAUCAUACAUCCGUACUAUCAAGCCCAACGAGAACAAGUCGCCAAAAGAGUUCAAUGAAGCAAAUGUACUACAUCAGGUCAAAUAUCUUGGCCUGCAAGAGAAUGUCCGGAUUCGCCGAGCUGGAUUUGCAUCUCGUCAGACUUUUGACAAGUUUGUGGAACGAUUCUUCUUGCUGUCACCCAAGUGCUCGUACGCUGGAGAGUACACAUGGACCGGAAGUUAUGAAGCCGGUGCUAAGCAGAUCUUGAAGGACACCAAUAUUCCAGCCGAGGAAUUCCAGAUGGGCGUAACGAAGGUCUUUAUCAAGACUCCAGAGACACUAUUUGCACUGGAGACGAUGCGCGAUCGUUACUGGCACAAUAUGGCCAUUCGCAUCCAGCGAGCCUGGAGAAAUUACCUGAGCUAUCGUAUCGAGUGCGCCACACGGAUCCAGCGCUUCUGGCGCAAGCUGAACGGCGGCAAGGAGUUUAUUGAGUGGCGUGAUCAAGGCCACAAGGUACUUGCAGGCCGAAGAGAGAGGCGAAGAUACAGCUUGGUAGGAUCCCGAAGGUUUAUGGGUGACUAUCUUGGUAUCGCAAACCGAGGCGGUCCAGGCGAAGUAAUCGCACAAGCUAUCGGAAUCUCCAGCAAUGAGGAGGUGCCAUUCUCGUGUAGAGCAGAGACCCUAGUGUCUAAGCUAGGUCGUUCGAGUAAGCCGGAAGGACGCAUGCUCAUUCUGACCAAGCGGAAUGUGUACAUUGUAAAGCAAGUGCUGGUCAACGGGCAGGUCCAGAUUCAGGCCGAGAGAACGAUACCUGUCGGCGCUAUCAAGUUCGUCAGCGCGUCCAAGUUGCAGGAUGACUGGUUUUCGAUUGGUGCCAGCUCACCGAACGAGCCAGAUCCGCUUGUGAACUGCGUAUUCAAGACGGAAUUCUUCACACAAUUAACGAACGUCUUGCGAGGGUCAUUGAAUCUUCAAAUCGCUGACACGAUCAAUUACAACAAGAAGCCUGGCAAGCCUGCAUCGGUGAAAGUCGUGAAAGAUCCGGGUGCGCGAAUUGAUACGUACAAGAGUGGUACAGUCCAUACAGGACAGGGCGAACCCCCAAAUUCUGUCUCAAAACCUACUCCGAAGGGCAAACAAGUUGCUGCCAAGCCUAUCACCAAGGGAAAGCUUCUGCGGCCCGGUGGUCCAGGAGGAGGCCCGUCAAAGCUCGCCAGCCGUCCUGCGCAGCCGCGACCUGUGCCCGCUCCUGCCGCCGCUCAGUCACGAGCAAUACCUCCUGCUCCCAUGCCAGCUCCGGUACAAUCGCGACCCGUACCUGCUGCAGCGCCUGCUGCAUCCACACCCCAGCUUCGACCAGUACCACAGCCUGUGGCAGCCCUCAAUGGAUCAGCAAACCACUCAAGAUCAUCGUCAGCAUCACGAGCACCACCCCCACCUCCACCGCCGCCCGCUGCGCAUGCUGCACCUAAAGAACCCACAUUUAAAGCUCUCUACGACUUUGCUGGGCAGUCAGCUGGUGAGCUAAGUCUGCGCAAGGAUGAAAUCAUCCUCGUGACGCAGAAGGAAAACAACGGCUGGUGGCUAGCUUCCCGCCUCGACAAGUCUGCUUCAGGUUGGGCACCCAGCGCCUACCUCGAAGAGCACAUCGUCAAGACUGCACCCCCACCGCCUCCGCCUGCGCCACCCGCACGCCCCGCGAAUGGCAAGCCGAAGCCGCCUGCACCACCGGCCAAGCGUCCCGCGGCGCGCAAACCCGCUCCCGAUAGUAGAGAUAGUGGGUAUUCGGGGAGUGCGAGCGAGACGGGGGCACGAGAUAGCAGUGGAAGCAUUGCGGGUGGGUUAGCAGAGGCUUUGAGGCUAAGAUCACAAGCUAUGCAGGGGAGGAAAGGAGAUGAGGAUUGGUAGAGGUUUGUCGGUUGCUGAUUGAGUAGUGUCGUGGGUAUAUACGUAGAGACCGAUGUGGAUGGUACUGAAUUUUGAACCAGUAAAGCAAAAAGCUACUUAGACUUGGAGU